AUGCGAAACAGUCUUUUAGUCCGGUUGGACUUGGUAGGUCUCGCACCAGAGCAACACCAGUCCUUCGACAGGCCCUCAUACGAGCUGAUCGCCAACGCCCCCUCCCCCCGCUUCAUCAAAUCCCACAUCCCCCUCUCGCUCCUGCCCGCGAACCUACUGGACGCUAAGGUGGUGUACGUGGCGCGGGAUCCGAGGGAUGUGGCGGUGUCUUUCUACCAUCUUAGUAGAGUGAUAUUUAACUACGUGGGGGACUUUAAAACAUAUUGGAAUCUUUUUGUGAAAGAUUUGGUAUUAUAUUCUCCAUUUUUCCCGCAUUUAAAAGAAGCGUGGGCGCUGCGUCACCACAAAAAUAUGCUGUUCAUCUUCUAUGAAGAUAUGACUAAGGACUUAUCUUCAGUUAUUAAGCGGGUAGCAAGUUUCUUCGGCAAAGAAUUGACCAAGGAAUACAUUGCAUAACUUUGCCAGCACUUGGACAUAAAUAACUUCAGGAAGAACCGGGCGGUGAACGAGGAAAGGUUUCUAAAUGCAGUUGGUACUAAAGGCGAGACUUUCAUAAGAA